GCCUGGAUAGACAUGCUCCCCUCAUUCGCGAACUCCGCGCCCGCGCCGCUGUCGUCGACGACGACAACGACGACCGCCACGCCCCGCCCGUGCAUGGUCGCGUCUGUGGGCGACCCCUGCUACAAGGAGGUUGUCGACUUCAUGUUCGCGCUCCGCACGUCGGCGUCCGGCGAAGUCAACGAGAGCUCCGCUCACCCUCAGGCGGGGGUCGAGCUGUCGAAUUGGUCCUCGUUCGAAGACGUGCAGGAGCUCGUCAGCGCGCGGGCCGCGCACCCCGGCGCCUGCGGGCGGCCCUGCCCGUGCCGCACGGCGCAGGUCGGCGAGCGCUGCCAUGCCGAGGUGCAGCGCGCCAGGGAAGGC